UCGACAAGCUUGCCAGACAAGAUGCUGGGCCUCCUGAAGCACCCCGUGGUCCUUUCAGUGGAAAUAAACAUCAAUCUGUUGGUUUUAGCUGUCGCUGGAUUAAUAAGCCGGCUGUGGUCACUGUCGUACCCCCAAGCUGUAGUUUUCGAUGAAGUUUACUAUGGACAGUUCCUCUCUCUGUAUAUGAAGCAGAUCUUUUUUGUGGAUGACAGCGGCCCGCCGUUUGGUCACAUGCUUUUGGCCUUUGGAGGUUACUUAGGUGGAUUUGAUGGGAAUUUUUUAUGGAAUAGAAUUGGCGCCGAAUAUAGUUCCAACGUGCCCAUUUGGACCCUGCGGCUGCUGCCUGCAGUCGCGGGUGCCCUGUGUGUUCCUCUGGCGUACCAGAUUUUGGUGGAGCUGCGUUUUUCACACCUUGUUGCUCAUGGAGCUGCUCUGCUAAUUGUGUUUGAGAACUCCCUGAUCACUCAGUCUAGAUUGAUGCUGUUGGAGUCAGUCUUAAUCUUUUUCAUCUUGCUGGGUGUUUUAUCCUACCUGAAGUUCUAUAACUUGCAGAGCCCCUUUUCUGCAAGAUGGUGGUUUUGGCUUUGCCUCAGUGGAGUUUCCUGUGCCUGCGCAGUUGGGGUGAAAUACAUGGGCCUCUUCACCUACAUCCUGCUUUUGACCAUGGCAGGAAUGCACUCGUGGCAACUGGUUGGCGAUCGGAGCUUACCCAAUGUUUCUCUCCUAUGUCACUUGCUAGCCAGAGGACUCGCUCUUGUGGUCAUUCCUGUAGCCACGUACCUGUUGUUUUUCUACGUCCACUUGACUUUGCUGUAUCGCUCUGGGCCCCACGACCAGAUCAUGACCAGCGCAUUCCAAGCGAGCUUAGAGGGUGGGCUUGCUCGGAUCACUCAAGGGCAGCCUCUGGAGGUGGCGUAUGGCUCCCAGAUCACCUUGCGGAACGUCUUGGGCAAGCCCAUGCCCUGCUGGCUGCAUUCUCACAAGAACACUUAUCCCAUCAGGUAUGAAAAUGGCCGUGGAAGCUCCCACCAGCAGCAGGUGACCUGCUACCCUUUCAAGGACGUGAAUAACUGGUGGAUUGUGAAAGAUCCUGGCACGCAGCAGCUGGUGGUCAGUAACCCGCCACGUCCUGUGCGCCAUGGAAAUAUUGUGCAGCUGGUCCAUGGGAUCACAACUCGCUACCUGAACACGCACGACGUCGCUGCCCCGCUGAGCCCCCACUCCCAGGAAGUGUCCUGUUACAUUGACUACAACAUCUCCAUGCCAGCGCAGAACCUCUGGAGAGUGGAAAUUGUGAACCGGGAGUCGGACGGGGACAUUUGGAAGACGAUCCUGUCUGAAGUAAGGUUGGUCCAUGUGAACACCUCAGCAGUGGUGAAGCUCAGUGGAGCAUCCUUGCCGGAGUGGGGCUAUCGGCAGCUGGAGAUCAUUGGGGAGAAGAUUUCCAAGGGCUACCAUCAGAGCAUGUUGUGGAAUGUAGAGGAGCACAGAUACGGCAAAAGCCAAGAGCAGAAGGAGAGGGAGGUGGAACUGCACUCGCCCACGCGGAUCAGCAUCGGCCAGAACCUCAGCUUCAUGGCCAAGUUCACGGAACUGCAGUGGAAGAUCUUAACUCUGAAAACUGAGGACACAGAGCACAAGUACAGCUCGUCGCCCCUGGACUGGAUCACCCUGGACACCAACAUCGCCUACUGGUUCCAUUCCACCUCCGGGGCUCAGAUCCACCUUCUCGGAAAUGUCGUCACCUGGAUGUCAGCCAAUGUGGCGACCCUUGCGUACGUGGCUUUGUUCUUGUGGUACCUGCUCCGGCGGCGGCGGAAUAUCCAAGACAUCCCUGAAGAUGCCUGGCGGCAGUGGGUGUCGGCAGGAGGGCUCUGUGUGGGGGGCUGGGCAGUCAACUACCUCCCUUUCUUCCUGAUGGAGAAGACGCUCUUUCUCUACCACUACCUACCGGCGGUCACCUUCCAGAUACUGCUCAUCCCCAUCGUCCUGCAGCACAUGAGCGAUCACCUUUGCAGGUCAAAGCUCUCCAAGAGUAUGCACAGUGCUUUCGUUGUGGCCUGGUUCUCUUCCGUUUACCUUACCUACCACACGUUCCGUCCACUCACCUAUGGCGAGCCUCCACUUUCCAAAGCUGAGCUCCAGAACCUGCGCUGGAAGGACAGUUGGGACAUCCUGAUCAGGAAACACUAG